AUAUAUUCGACAAACGACAAAUAGCCCGAGCUAGAAGAAGUUUGUCUUGAUGAAAAAUGGAAGCUCAAGUUCUGUUUCUCUAUCUCUCACUCCUCGCUCUCUCUCUAAACUUCUUAUUUCAGUAUCUCAAGCCGAGGCUAAGCCGCAUGCUCCAGCCUUCUCUCGAAACUCAAGCCAAGGCCGCCAUUUUAUCAAGAAAAGAAGUAGCCGAGUUUCUUGAUUCUCCCAUUGUGGAAGUAGUAGAAGAGGAAGAAGAUGGAGAUAUCAAUACGAUUUCUAGUUCCACGUUCGAUUUUGAUCCAUACAUGGCGAGCAAAGCCGAAGCAGUGAACAAAGCUCUAGACGAAGCCAUACCAGUCGGGGAGCCACUCAAGAUCCACGAAGCCAUGCGUUACGCGGUUCUUGCGGCCGGAAAACGUGUUAGGCCUAUUCUCUGCCUCGCUUCCUGCGGUCUAGUAGGCGGCGAAGAAAACGCCGCGAUGCCAGCGGCUUGUGCGGUUGAGAUGAUACACACCAUGUCACUAAUCAAAGACGACUUGCCUUGCAUGGACAAUGACGACCUGCGUCGUGGGAAGCCCACCACUCACAAAGCCUUCGGCGAAGGAAUCGCCAUUCUCUCCGGAGGAGCUCUCUUGUCUCUUGCGUUUGAGCACAUGACAACGGCUGAGAUAUCCUCGGAGAGAAUGGUUUGGGCGGUCAGGGAACUGGCUAGGUCCAUUGGAACUAGAGGGUUGGUCGCGGGACAAGCCAAGGACAUAAGUAGUGAAGGUUUGGAGUUGAACGACGUCGGUUUAGAGCAUUUGGAGUUUAUCCAUGUACACAAAACCGCUGUUUUGUUGGAAACUGCUGCGGUUCUUGGAGCCAUUAUUGGUGGUGGGUCUGAUGAAGAGAUUGAAAGUGUAAGAAAGUUUGCAAGGUGCAUUGGAUUGUUGUUUCAGGUGGUGGAUGAUAUUUUGGACGAGACCAAGUCGUCGGAGGAGUUGGGAAAAACCGCCGGAAAAGAUCAGCUACUUGGAAAGCUGACGUAUCCCAAGCUGAUGGGGUUGGAGAAAUCUAAAGAAUUUGUUAGGAGAUUGACUAAAGAUGCACGUCAACAUCUCCAUGGGUUUAGUACGGAGAAGGUGGCACCUUUAGUAGCUCUUACUAAUUUUAUUGCCAAUAGAAAUAAAUGAAGUGUUAUGUGUUUUAGAACUUUGAUAGUUUGUUUCCUUGUGUCGGGAUUAUGUAUACAUGCUAAACUAGUGUGCUUUAAGUGUAACCACAUUUUUAUAUUUUUAUUUUAAAAUUUGUAAAAGGCAAAACUCGAAACGUAAAUCCAUUUGCCUCUUUUGUAAAUCUGUGCCAGUAAAGCAAAACGCCCUGUCGUCACAGGCUGCUAACUCAGCUUUGCUU